GGAGGGUGUUUGGAAGCGCGGCGUCUGCAGCAUAAUUAAAACAUGGCGGAUUCGGAGGAAUUUAGACUUAAAAGAAUAAAGGUAAGAAAACACACGAAGAAUAAAUGUCAAAGCAUGGGCAGACUGCAUGUCAAAUCGACUAGGUUGUUAAACUACAUGAUAUGACAUUUGAAAAAGUCGGAAAGCAUCUGGUGAGAUAUUAAUUUGAAGCUAACGUUAGCUCGCUAGCUCUCAGCCCUGUAACGUUAGCUAGCUGCUGUUCAGCAGUGAUGCAUGCCUGUGUGCCAAACCCCAUUUAACAACAGGACGACCUCAUCAGAAAAGCAGAUAAACACAUUUAACUAUGUCUGAUAUCGGACUUGUGAUAAACCGUCACUUGAUUCCUCUGAUAUGCAUUAGUAUUCUGAGGUUAAUCCUGGUUCUUUCAGCUCUUUGCAUCGUGGAAAGCUGCCGCCAACAAAACAAAAGUGGAGAUUUCUGGGGAGUUGUUUGAUGCCUUGCGGGUCAUGAAAAUGCGGUUCUUACAAGAAUAGCCCAGCAACUUUGGUGUGGCUGAAUUGGCUGGUUGUGUUUUUCUCUGCGACUUCAAUGAAAAUGUCUUGUUUUGAUCCAGAUGUAAAUUGUUUGUUCAGGUCAGCUCCUCCUCUCAGCAUCUUCAGAUCUUGAGGCCUAACGCCUCUAUUCAGCCUUUCAUCGGUUUAUUACCUUGAGGCUCGGGUUUAUGGUUUCUUGGACACAAAUAAUGGCUAUAGCAAAGAUUGGACGCUUUUUGAUGUGUUUGUCAACCAGAUUAAAGCUUUUUACAUGAGUAAACUAUCAGACGAAGAGGUUAAAUCUGAUGUUCCACAUAAAGACAGCCCAAUUCAUUGUUUUACUUAUUUUUAUGUUUGUCUCUGAUUUACAGGAUGAGUGUAAUCCUUAUUCUGUGUCCCAUGGGUUGAUGAUGAUGAUGAUGAUGUGGAAAAGUUGGCUUCAAGGCCUCUUGAAUUGAAGAGUUUGAUGCUAGAGGUUAGUUUGGUAUUUUUGUGGCACCUGCUUGCAUAAAAUUUUCAUGAAAAUGAGCCAUUAAUGGAUAAAGGAAGAAAUGCUGCACCAAUAUAUUGAAAUAUUAACUGAGUAUUCGUAUAGGGCAGUGGUUCUCAAGUCCAGUCCUCGAGGCCCACUGUCCUGCAUGCUUAGGAUGUUUCCCUGCUCCAACACACCUGAUUCAAAUGAUCAGCUCGUUAUCAAGCUCUGUAAUGGCUUAAUAACGAGCUGAUCAUUUGAAUCAGGUGUGUUGGAGCAGGGAAACAUUCAAAACAUGCAGGACAGUGGGCCUCGAGGACUUGACUUGAGAACCACUGGUCUAGUAAAAUGGAUGCCAGAAGUGCUCACUGACUGUGUAGUCAGUGACAGCACCCCCUACUGACUGGCUGCAGCACAGAUUAUAUCAUGUUAAAUCAUUGAACACAGGUUCAAUUAUAUAAUUAAAAUAUUAAUCAAGUAUUGCUGUCUCAGAUGGUUAAUGUUGAUAUAUUUAAGGUGUAUAUGCUCAUUUUUCUGAGAAGCUUCACUCCGUUGAUAUUUGUUAUCAAAAACAUGACUGACUGACCGCCAGCCAGCCAGGACCGUUUAAAAGCCUGGUUUAUGUUUUUGUGACUGACCAUAGCAUACACCUGUACCAUGGACUGUAUAUAGAAUGGACAGAGUCUGCCUCCUCGCUGGGUGAAGCCACUCGGAGAACAGCAACCCCUGUUGAUGGGCUGCAGUAUAGGUCAUAAAUCCCGCCUCCGCCAGCAAAGCUUAUGGAGCUGUGGGCAAAUGUUAGAAAUUGAUUACACAGAACAUAAUCCCCCCUGCUUGUGGUGUUGACAUGUAGUUACAGUAAGACUGGUUUGUGCUCAAGUCCUCUUUUUUCUGUAAAGCUCCAUUUUUAAAAGUUAUUAGGGGGUUCAUGUUUUCUUUGAUUGACACCUGAUACAGCCUAUCGGCGUUCAGGGAUUGCAUAGCUCUCCCGGGGGAUAUGCUGUUUGAGCCGAGCGUACACUGAAUGCACAUGAUGCUACUGCGCAGUGCUGGUUUUAGGAAAUGAAGAAAAAUUGCAGAAAUACAGAGAGCUUUUUGGCUUCAAACCCAUAUACAGGCGGGAGGCGGAACCAAGUUGUCCAUACAGUCUAUGACCUUUACCCUAUGAUACAGACAACCCUUGCUGUCCUUUAUUCUCUGUCUCAGCAGCUCUAUAGUCGGUCUCCUGCAACAUCCUCCUUUUUUGUCCUUUUUUUGCAAUAAUUGCUGCAUGAUCAAUUGUUGCACAACAUACAUCAGCUUCAGCUUGAAUAUGUUGCGCUCAGACCAGUUGCCAUGGUUUCCUGUACAUAUUCAAGCAGGAAACUGAUAAUAUGAUGAGCUUAGGCAUUGCAAGAAUAGGUGGAGUGUUGCAGAGCCAUGCAUAUGCUUCAACUCAGAAGUAUGUAGUGCUCACAAUGGUGUAGAAACAGCUCAAAUAGAGAAGCUUAAUGAGGCUUCUGCAGCAUUCUGUGCCAUAUUAUCAGGGAAGCGGAAAAACCUCCAGAGAAAAUAUGACAAACACAAGAGUCAUUGGACUUAUCAUGGCUAAAAAGAUGUGCUUCAGGUUCACACAAGAAUAUGUUUGCUGUCAACAGUACUCACUCAAUGAAUAUUGGACACCAGUCAUGUCGUGUCUGUGCAUGCCUUGGCUGUACCAGUGCAAUAGUUUGAGCAUCUACCAAGGUGUUUUGUUUUUUUGUUGCCAUGUCUUUCAAAGCAUUUUGUCUAUUCUAGAUACUUUCAAUGGGUGAUGGUCACUCUAUUUACAGAUACCAGUCUAGGGUUGCUCUGUGUUAUUUUAAUAAUGUCAAGCAGCUGGUAGGCAUCCAUCUAUGGCCUUUUGUAAGAUUUUUGCUUUUACAAAAUUUAGUAUCAAGUACUUAUUAUACAGAGCCUGAAUGAUAACUCCUUUUUUGUGAAGAUUCCUUAUUUAUAUUUGCAUUAUUAUUUGCUGAUCUCGGAGUGAUAUGUUCAUUUAAUUUAUGUGUAACAGAACAUGAUAACAGUCUUUACAGAAAAACAGGUUUUUAUUUGGCAGCAGUUGUGCUGAAAAUUGGUUCAUUGUUGAGGUUAUGAUAGUAAAACUGCUGAAGAGGUGGUUAUUUUCUUAACAAGAAUCCUUUUGAUGUGAAAGAUGGUUAUUUAACACACAUUUAAUUAGUGUCCCUGGCCCAGACAGGGGACAACAACCUUUAAUUUAACCAUCAGCUAGAUUGUUCCUUUUUUGUUUCCAUUAAACUGGAAUCUGUGUUUUUAACCCUGGUUUCUUUGUGCAGCGGGACAAAGCAGCUCUGGCUCAACUGUUGCACACAUUUCGGAGGACGUACUUUUUGUUUGUGGACAUUUAAACAACUGAUAUGAAUCCUACGUCUACAUUUCAUAACGAUUUCCUCAUUCUGUAGCUAACCCCCCUCCCGAGCUCUCAUAUAAGACAUUUGGGUUUCACUGGUAUGACUUUUAGACAGACAAGACAAGAGUCAUAUUUCAUGUUAGAGGCUGAAAAAUAGCUAUUUUAAAAAGGCCUAUGUAAUCAUCAACAAAAAUGUAUACGUAAUGCUUAUUUUUUAAUCCUAUACAAAAAUAAGUAUAUAUACUUCUGUAAAUAAUAAAUGACUUGAGACAUGACACAUGAGACUACAGACAAUUGAAUUUCCCUUCGGAGAUUAAUAAAGUUCUUCUACUUCUUUGCUUAUUGGCGUUAAACGGAUUUGGCGCAGAGGUUAAGUUUCUGUUAGAUGAUAUUAGGUUGAAGAUCGGGGUACUGCAGAGUAUCUGACUAUGGUUAAUGAAAUAAAUAGAUGUUUGAAACAGUUGAAUACUCUUAGUAAAAUGCUUCAAGUGAUUUAGAUGAUGGUGGCGAUUGAUAAAACUGAAGGGGAUUAGGGUUUUAAAAGAAAUCAGAAUGACUGUCAGAACAGCUCAUAAACUUUGCUCAUUUAGAGAAGGUGUUUAGUUUCACAAGGAGCAGCAGGGUUAUAAGCUGAAAUGUAUUACAGCUGAAUCAAAUCUACACAAAUAAAACACAUUCAUACGAUUCAAUACUCUGCAAGUUUUGUGAACAGUUUGAGUUGUGUUUGAAUCUGAAGAAAGACUCAAAGAGCGUGACAUUGUCCAAGUAUGAAUGCUACACAUGAAUUUUCUCCUUAAGAUCCCCUUUCAACUCAACUUUUAUUCUCCACAGCAUGAGGAGCACCUUUCCAGAGUGUUUGAUGAAGUGAUGGGCCUCGGAGAAUUUGCUGACUCCUCCAGAGGGUCUGCCUCCUCUUCCAGGAGUGGGGGGCAGGAUGAGGGAAAGGGUGUUGAUGACACCUCAGGAGCAGGAGAGCCCCAACAGGGAGAAGGGGAAGAUAGCAGCAGCAGCAGACAGGAAGAGAAGAUGAAGGAUAGAGCAGAAGAACCAUCCUUUCCUCGUAUAUCCACUCGUACUCUAAGAACCAAUGAUGGAGGGGGAGGAGAAAGUGGAGGGGCAGCAUUGGACAAUGCUCUUGAUGGCCUUCCUUCAUUUGAGCCUGAUGAAGAAGAUGAAAAUUGGCACUUUUCCCUGCCAGUAGACAGUCUAGAUGAAGCUAAAGCAGGGAAGGCCAACAGAAAAGAAAGCCAGACAGGAUCAAUGAACAAUGAAAGUCUGGAGAACCCUUUUGCCCAACAGCCUCAAGAAGAGGAAGAGGGAGAGCAAGACAGGGAAGAAAGUAGUGGGUCUGCUAACACCUCUCACUCCUCUCAGGACCCCACACCUGAAAAUAGCAGAGGUAAAGCUGCACGCACACAAGAAAUACAAAUCACAUGUGCUUCAAAGCAAGUGUUUGCAUGGUAUCUCAAAUCUUUAUAGGGUCAGGACACACUGGGGGAAUUGUUUUCCAGUCACGGGUAACUCCAUCAGCCUUACAAAGCAGUUUCAGUUAAAUAAAUCAGAAGCAGUACUAUCAAACCUGUGGAAACAGGUUCAAAUGUCUUUAUUGGCUUUAGAGGGCCUCAGACAAAGCCCUGCAAUUAUGAUUAAAUCUUACAUUCGGGGAGUACUAAGUUCUCUUCGCUGAGCAAAUUUAGGGUGUGGGUUUCAAAUAAAGAAAUAAGAGGUUGCUUGUCAGGGAGUGUCUCACAAAAGAAACUAUUGAGCUGCUUAUGGAAAAGAUCAGUUUUAGUCACUUCCAACCAGUGGCGAUUGCUCUAAGACUGCAAGGGAAGCUCGGCUUCCCUUAAAAUGUCACCCCUCAAAAAAAAAGAAAAAGUGGUGAAAUACGUACUGCUGUGUGUACAUUUCAUUAACUAAAUACGCACUAGAAAGCCUUCAUCUUUUGUUCAGACACUGUGAUAAGAAGCUGAUAAUCACAGGUAACCGGCAUAACUUCGUUCUCAUUCAUCCUCGCAGCGCCUCAGCGCUUUAAACAGCCGGACGCUGGGCUUCUGCUGACUUCAAUGUGGAAGCUUAAAGUGGGUUGUUCCAGCAGCGAAACUAGACGCUCAUUGGAUAAAUGCUGGGCUUUGUCCCGCCCAUCGGAAGCCCAGCUUCACUGGAGUUCUAUGGCGAGAGGGCGGUCCCGACUUUCUCCCGGACUCCAAGCUUCUGCAUCCAUGAUUGGAUGAGCUGUCUGAGGCGAAAUCCUUUUUUGAUUGACAGCUAAACAAGCGAAUCAGCGAUCUUGAAGAAUAAAACAUCUACCAGAGCAUUUUCCAAGUUAUUCAUUCCAUUGUUCUUAACUGCUCCGGAGACCUUACCGAUCCUCAGCGACUCUUGUCUUUGUUAAAAACGACUGCCGUUGUGUUUGGCGACUCUGUUCUGUUACAUACUAAUAAACAAAUACAAUUAUGAUGUAGGCCAGAAAAAUGAGCUUCCCCUCCUUGAAAGACCAGCAGCCGCCACUGCUUCCAACCAAUAUCUGUCUGUUCAAAACCAAACUGUCCAUUAGUACAAAAUUAAUGAAAAACAACAAAAGCUAAAACACUGAUAACCAAACUAAUUCAGUAAAAAACAGACACGGCAAAAAUGUGUAUGCAGUAAGCUGUUUUUGUCUUGCUGCGGUACCUUAGUUUGUUAGUUUUUACAGGGCUAAGCUUCAUUGUAGGGUAAGUACAAGUUUAGCUUUUUGACCACUGAGACUUUCCCCCGGAACUAGACCUUAUCUGUGAACUCUGUGCGCUUCCAUUGCAGGAUCUUGGGUCCAAACUUAAUUCUUGGGUAAAAGAUGUACUUGGCUGGAGUACAAAAGCAGUGCAAAUAAUUCAGAUUCAUACAUUUAAGUUUGCAGAGGAUUGUCAAAUGUUAUUAUGGUCCUCUCUUUCUGGCAGUGAACUUAAAAGUGUGAUCAUGUCACUUCUUAGAUGAGGUGUGCACGGCUUUAGGUGACAUUUUCUUUUCUUCCCUUGUGUUAGAUGGAGGGGCCCUGAACCAGACAGAGGAGACAGAAGACAGCCAGCAGGGGGAGGUAACUGUCUGUUAUGAUUAUGUAGGGCUGCAUCAAAUGUGUUUUUUCAGGCGAUGGUGAAUAACUUUGGAUGCUGUGAUCAUUCAGCAGUCAGUGGCCACACCGAUGGAGGACAGUAAUCCCCCGAUGUCUCCAGUGAACAUUAAAGAUGAACCCAUCGACGAGGGUUACGAUGCUGCUCUGCUGCCUCAGAGCUCCAUCAGGCAGAUCAAAGAGGAGCUGGAGCAGCAAGAGGUUAGUGAGGGGAGAUCAUGUCAUCAAUAUGCAAUAUAACACAAUAUUGUGUGAUCCUAUUUGUAUCAACAACAAUACAGAAAGAGGGCUUGAAAGCAUAACUAAGAAUUGAACCCUUGUGUUCUUAUUUCAGGAAGAGCUCAGGAUCAGCUCUGUCUACUCUGUGGGUGGUGCGAACACGUUUGUAACUCCCACCAGUAAGUUUAUUUCUGUCUCUGUUUUAGUUUUACAGUGAGCAUAAUUCUUUGACAUGUUAUUAAUGUAAGGGCUCAUAUUAAAAGUUAAGACCAUAGGCUACAUGUCAUAACCUUCUUAAAAUAGUUUGUUCAGUGUUGAUUUAAAGCUCAACAUCAAAAAGUUUUUCUAAAAAGCAACUAACGUGUGGAUGUUCUCUCUCAAGUGUUGUGCCAACCUUUAUCCUCUCUCUUUCUCAAGUACCAACACCAAUUCCCACCCAGCCUCAGACAGCCAUUUUUAUCCAGGGUAGAGGCGCUGUCUUACAAGCCAUGGCUCCUCUUCCUGUCAGAGCACCAGCUCCCAUCCAGGGUACACUCCCAACUCUGGCAGCAUUGCCCCCACGUCCACCUCAGCCCCCUGUUCCUGGUAGUGUUCGCUGCAGUGGAUGCUCUAAGGUACUGUUUAACCCCCCAUCCUGCAUGUGUUUGAAGAAAUAGACCUCGCCUUAGUAUUAAAGCCGAAAACUGUAAAUAUCAAAGUGUGAACCAACCCUGCAUUUCUGAGUUAGCACAUUAAACAAAAAGUAUGAAAUAUGUUUCAUUGUUUUGAAAUGUUUGUAGGUGCUGCUGAAAGGCCAAACAGCGUUCCAGAGGAAAGGCUCGACACAGCUUUUCUGCUCCACAGUCUGUCUGACCGGCCAUCUGCCUCCAGCCAACAAGAACCGAUCCUGUUUCCAGUGUAACAGGUACAUCACUGUUUCUACUUCCACUGUAUUGACACUACACUAAAGGGAUGUAGCCUGCUCUUGAAACAUGUUGUGCAACUAAACAGUUCAAAUGUUAGAGUGAUGUUGAUGAAAGCAUGAAAAGAGACUGGGAGUGUUUUGCUGUAUUCACAUCAAUUCCACAGCAUUAGGUUUGUCCCUCGUUGAUGUUUGUCUGAAAAGAGAGGUUGUGUUGUUGCACUCAGAUUAUUAGCUUCACCCUUGAGAUCACCUCUGUUGUCUUAUUGCACCACGGUCUUACAGUGUAUUGGGUUGGAUAUUAUAGCUCUGGGCAGCCAGUAAUUGCUGCUUGUUAUUUCUGACUGCCUCAUAGAAACAUGCUCUCCUCUGCUCUCCCACUCAAAAGGAAUCUGGUCUCUGCUCAGAUAUGACUAUAAAGUCCCACUUAACAUUGGGUUUUGUAUGUGAAACCCAUUUUCACAUACAGAACCCUGUUUUCUUUGGUGCAACUACAUGUAUGUGUUUUUGUGUGUGAAAUGUGAAUGCAAAAUUUCAUCUCUAACAACCUUCAGGCUUCAAAAAAAUGGUCCAGAUGAGGCUUUAAUUGACAAACACAUCUCCUCUCUAUUUGGGACAGGUGUCUUUACAGUACAGGCUUUUAAUAUUUCUGUUUUAAACUUUCUGACGACGAAGAUGGAAAAAUCUCAAAAAAAGGUCAUUGUGUGAACCACGUGAAUAUUAUCUUUAUUCAAAUAAGACUGUUGACACAAAACACUUAGUUUGAUCUUGCUCAGUGAGACAGUGCAUCUAGCUCAACCUGCUGCACUAAGAAGAGGAAGAGAGACCCCAUUAGAAUCAGCCCCUAUGAAUGCAAUUAAAGCCAGACACAUACAGUGCCUUGAAAAAGUAUUCAUACCCCUUGAACUUUUUCACAUAUUGUCACUCUACAACCACAAACUUAAUUGUAUUUUAUUGAGAUUUUUUUCUCAUAGACCAACACAAAAUAGAACAUAAUUGUGAAGUGGAACGGAAAUGGUACAUGGAUGUCAAACAUUUAAACAAAUAAAAAUCUGAGAAGUGUUGUGUGUAUUUGUAUUCAGGCCCCCCGUGUCAAUACUUCGUAGAGCCUUCCUUUUGCUGCUAUUACAGCUGCAAGUCUUUUGGGGUAUGUCUCGACAAGCUUGACCCCUUGAAAAAUACAUGUCCAGUUAGUUCUUUUCUAGCAUUAUUGUUGACAAAGUGAAUAUUUAAAGUCCCGCCUCUAGUAGGUUUUCCUGUGAUUUGAUUCGGCAGUGAGUUGGAGAGGAGGUGAUAUUGAUGAGCAAGGCAGUGUCUUAACAGUUGAACUAUUUUCACCUGAGAGUAUAGUGGGGAAAAUAGCUGAGGGCAUCAGUUGUUUUAAAAUGGACAGUGCCAGCAGAAAAAGGAAAACCGUCAAUGGACAUAGUCCCUUAAGCUGCAUUUGAAUGUUAACCUUUUUUUUUGCCUUCUGCUCUUUGUAGGGAGAUUGUUCAGCCCAGAGACAUGAUUACGAUUCCAGCGGACGACAGCACCCUCAUGCACUUUUGUGGCCAGUUCUGUCUUUCUGUCUUCAGACACAAAAGAAAACAAGGCGACAAGGGUCCUGAUAAAUGGCCGGAGAAACGGCUGGAGAGGAGGCCUGAAAAGCCACCUGAGAAACCAGCGGAGUGGUCUGAGAAACCCUUUUGUAGUGUGUGCAAAAUCACGAAUAAGGUAGGAGAGCAAUUUUCGUUUCAAAGCCAAUUUUCAAAUCUAUACUUUGAGUUGUGUUUUUCUGUGCUUUUGAUUGUGAUGGUCUUCCACAGCAAAUUGAACAUGAGGUCACCCAUCAAGGUCGUCUGCACAGACUCUGCAGUGAUGCUUGUUUUGUAUCGUGGCGCAAGAUGCGGCAGUUGGCCAUGAACUGUUGUGAAGGCUGCGGACUUUACUGUAACAGCAAAUUAGGCUCCUGUCAGACUCUCAUAAUUGACAGAUCCCAGCUGAACUUCUGUGGUCCCACCUGUAUCGGCACAUACAAACAGGUAUGCGUUAGGGUUAGUGUCCUACAAAUCAAUGUACCAAAUAAAGCUGUCAGAAAGUUUGAUACUUUUCAUUACCUAGGGGAUGAUAAUGUCACAUCCUUGGUGCCCAAGAUUUUUUUUUUCCACAGUGUCAAAAUUAGUUUUUGUAGUGUUGAUUUUGUUAGUAUGGAAAAUGGAAACUCUUGUUUCAUGUCAAAAAUGUAAUAAUAAAAUAAUAAAAAAUAAUAAAAAUUUUCCUGUCAUAAAAUGUUAAACAUUUUUGAUAAACAUCUCACUUCUGUUGUUGUUUUUUGUUCAGACAUGCAGAAAAACAGUGGACUGUGCCUACUGUCACAAAAUUGCUGUAGUGUCCUCUACAACCAUGGAGCGAGACCAGAAGGGCAAAGUUCAGCUUUACUGUUCACCUGCUUGUGUGGAACGGAGUCGACCACCUCGAAACACGCUGUCUGGUAGGACACAUCACAUAGACGCUUGCCAUUAUAUCAGGAUUAGCUGCUGCUGCUGUGUGCUUUAAAUGUACUGUCUUGCACUGAGUUGUCAGGGGCUAUAAUGAAAACUUAAAUCACACAACCUGACAUCAGGAGAUUGUGGAGCAAAGUAAACGAUUUUAAAACUUCAAAAAAAAAUGUGAAACUCGACUGCAAAAGGGACAGGUCAAAUAGAUUUAAUAAUAAAAAUGGACAAAUAUUAGAUUGUAAGGACAGGCACCAUAUGAUUGAGUUGAAAUAGAUGACCUCUUACUAGGUGUUUGUACUGAUGAUGUCAAAGACAGAGAACCUGUCUAACUUGUGAUUAGACAUGCACCGGCCUAAAUCUGUGACCCAAUAUACUCAAGAGUUGGUCCAGCUUUGAUUUGACCUGUUGUCCUUGUUUGGAGAUGUUUUUAUACCAUCUAGUGGUAGAAAAAGCACAAAACAGUUGUCGAUGCAAAAAAAAAAAAAAAAACAAGAUGGCAGUCUCUUUCUACAGGUGGUCCAGAGACGAAAGUCAACAUUUUUAGGGUCUCAAUUUUUAUUUUCAUUCCCAAUCGUUAAAAGCUAGAACAAGGUCAAGCUAGUGAUAAAUUUAUAAAGUUGGACAUUUGAUGGUUUAUAAGAACAUAUAUGUGCUGAAUGUGACAGAAAAAGACUGGUUUUGGUUUUGGCAUUCUUGGACAAAUCUCAAAAUGGGCAACUCAACUUAAAUUCCUGCAGCAUAUAUGUCAACCAAAAUGAAGGGAAGGUCUGUUAAUCAGAAAUAUGCAUUGACACUGGUCAGUGUUCACCUUUUGUAACGAGUUUUGUUUAAAGUGACCCUUUUCCCCUGCAGGUACUGCCUUCCCCUGCUGCCAGUGCAAGGUAUCAGCUGUUCCUCAGUAUCAUCUGGCCAUGGUGGACGGCACCAUACGUAACUUCUGCUCCUAUGACUGCGUUACUACCUUCAGGGUACAGGCACAACUUGCAGAAUGACUUAUUUCAAACGAAAGUUAAUGAUCAGGUGCCAGUGAUACCAACUUUGUAUUUUUUCUCCUUGUCCACACAGAAAUCUGGGCAGAUCCCUCCGCAAGAACCUAUUAACGGAACCUCCCCUCUCAGGGACGUCUCUUUUAGGGAAGCCUCCAAAUCAGGGCUCUCUGUAGGAGUCAGCUCAGUCCCUCCCAUCCCCCAAGAACAACCAUCCUCGGUCCCACACCCAGGCCACCAUCCCAGUCAUACCUCAGUGCCCCCACUGGCAUCCUCCUAUCCAGCCAUGUCGUCCCCCUCUGUGCCAGGGCAACCCCAGGUCAAAGCAUCAACCAGUCACCCUGUGAAACUGUCUGAGGGGGGUUCUGGUGACAUCUCUAAGCUGACCUGCCAUCAGUGCAGCAGACAGUUUAAAAUGAAGCCUGUGCUCUUCUGUCACCAAGUAAGAGCCUCACGGUAUAUACAGUCACUUUUGGGGGGUGUAACAGUAUUCAAAGAUCAUGGUUCAGUGCAUAUUUUGGUUUUGAAAUCACAAUUCAGUUUAUUUUUUUGGUACUCUCUAAGAAAAUAUAUUCAUUGUAAAGAAUCUCUUAUCCUUUAACAAGAACUCACAGAACUUAGCUUUUACACAAUCUGAACCACAGUAGUGAUAAUUCCACUGCAACACUGUCUGCUCAAGUGUGUGAACCUGGAUUUCAUGACCUUUUUGUUGUGUUUGCAUUCAGUUUCAGUAGGCGUGCUCACUGUACACUGUAAUUGGUGUACCUUAUACUUUACCGUUACGGCUACAAGUCUAACACUCACUGUGAUGAGGAUGAUUCUGAUGCUGUUUCUCUCCUGCAGGGUCAGAUCUCUAUCUUCUGCAAUAGGGUGUGCGCCGAACAGUAUAAAACCCAGAAAAAUCUCCAGGUGGUGUGUGACUGCUGUAAACAGGAGAAGGUGCUUCAUGAAACCAUUAACUACAACCAACAGGAGGUGUCAUUCUGCAGUGAAAGUGAGUUCACUCAGCAGCGUCUCUGCCCCUCAUCCUCCCCUUUAAAUGGCUUUAAAGUUUCACUGUGGAUCAGUGAACAAUAACUGUUUCCACUCAUGAUUUCUGAUUAAGUCUUAAAGAAUUGACUCUAAACUUAUAUUCCAGUCUAACUACAGCACUAGAAUUCAAUCUGUCACAUAAGAAAUUAUCUCCUCAAUACAGAGCUCAAAGUAAACAUUUUUAUUCAGUGAAAUGCUAAACUCUAAUACCAGCAUAGAUGAGCCUCAUGUUUAACUUGUAACCAUACUUUAAUCGUGUUAUCUGGUUUGCACUGUCUGCAAAUCUCACAUACAAAACAUUUCAUUGACUCACUCUCCAUCUUUAAAUCCUGUCUGAAAACUCAUUAUUUUGUGGGAUAUACUGUAUAUCUAGCCUCAUUUCUUAAUUGUUGUUUUAAUGGUGUGCGAAAUACAAAUAAUAUGUUUUGUCACCUAAACUUGCAAAAAGGUUUUAAAAUAUGCCUUGGGAGUCCUACAUUUGCUGAAUAUGGCCAGAUAGACACAAGUGUAGAGAUUCUCUUGGAAACACCCAAAUCAAAUGUCAGUGUGAAUAUGAACCAUUAUUGGAGUCAUCAACUUUUAAGGCUAACAGCUGAAACAGUACACCCAUCAAAUAUCUCUACAGAACCUUUUUUACUUCAUGCAAUUGCUUGAGGUGGAUGAAGUCAGGUUUUUGUAAAUAGUAUAGUAUAGUAUAGUAUAGUACAGUAUAGUGUAGUAUAGUAUAUACUGAGGUCCAGACCUGCUCUAUAAAUAUGUAGAGUGCCACUUUGUCCCUGUGAUUUGGUUCUACGUGAAUAAAAAUGAAUAGAUUGAAUCCUUCAGUGUACAGUACAUCUACUGUAAAUAACCAGUGUGUGGACCGGUGGUCUGAACUGUCAUUUUCUUUCUGUUAUUCUAAAUUUAAUGUCAUUCCUCAUUUUUACUGUGUUCCAGACUGUAAGCUCUCCUUCAAAACAGACAUGCAGAUUCAUAACAAGGAUCAUCCCUGGAGGCCUUGCUCCUACUGCAAUGGUAUUAGCUACAAGAUGCUACACAGCCACUAUGGAGGCAGGAUGGAGGAGUUCUGCAAACCUCACUGCAUGUCCCAGUACACUGUACUCUAUUAUGGGGUAGGCGAAUAACUGUCCUACUACACUGUUGGGGGGGCAGGAGUGCCAAAUUGAUGUCUUUAAUUAUUUCACAUCCUCCCCUCCCCUUCUUGUGUUUUCUCCUUCCUUCUUGCCUUCCUCCUCCGUCCAGAUGGGUCGAUGUGACAGCUGUAGGAGACAAGGCUACAUGAACGAGAAGCUGCAGUGUUUGGGCUCAGUCCGUAACUUCUGCAACCUGGCCUGUUUGAUGCAGUACUGCGACCAACACUUUGAGAGAAGCCAGCACAGCAGCAGUAACGGUACCAGGACAGCUCCACAGGCACCCUGUGGUGAGUUGUGUUAUCACAGCAUUCAUACACGGAGCGAUCUGAGGUGCAUUACAGAGUUUAACAAAAUAUCAGUGACAAAAACAAGAUUAAAAAAGUAUGACUUAAAGCAGACAUAAGCAUUGAAAUAAGAAUUUGUCUGCAUUUAUUAUCAAGAAAAAAAUAUAACAUUAAACAAAAACUCUGAUACCGUGUCACAGAUGGGUCUUACCUUAGUCAAAAUGGAUUUUGUGUACUAUCCCACCCCAGAUCCUCCUCCGAAGGACUAAGCCUCAUAGUUUGAGUCACACCACCUGGCUGCCUCAGAUGCCCCAAACCGGGUUGCUGUGGGAUGCAAUCCACCAAUACUUGAGCUAUUAUAAUUGAAAUGUAUGACAUUCAUUCAAAAAAGUUACUGACACUGAUUUGAAUAACUCAUGAAAAUUCACUUAGAGGCACGUAUUUCAGAGACUGAGGAUAGCAGUGUUAUAAAUAAAUGACUGUUUUGAACUUAGACAGGAAUAAUCAGAGUCAGGGCUUAUCUGGGAGAUUGUUUUAAAUCUGCGUUUUGAGAUAAUUCUGUGUUCUGUUUCGUUCUAACUCUUGGGUCAGCGGUUGGCUACAUCAUGAAAAUAAGUUAUCCACUUUUCUAAAUAACAGAUGUAACAAGUUAUUAUUAUUAUUAUUAUUAUUAUUAGUUUUUUUGGGGGGGGGUUGAAUCCAUUAAUGAUUGCUUUGACUUUGAAAGCCGCUGAAAACAUUGACUACAAAAGUUAAAUGUCUAAGUAUAUAAAAAUAUCAAAUAAAUAUAUGAAAAAUAAAAUCUGUAAAGACAUGGACUAGCCAUUGAGGGUGAGGAUUAGUGUUUGCAUUCUCCUGACAUUUUUCCCCAAACUGAAAAAUGUGAUAGCUACAGCCUGCAUACCCAGCCUGCUUCCAUCUUUCACAUCACUGUCUUUUUUUAGUAGAGAAAUCAAAGAUGGAUGUAAGAGAAGGCUGGACGUGCACACAGAGGAGCCUUAUUUUCCUGAUCCUUUUUGAUGUUACUUCAUUAAAAUCAGCAGAAAAGACGUUGAAUACAAUAAAUGAAAUGUUUCAAAUGGGCACAAUAAUUCUGAUCAUGUAAUCACAGAGAGCAUAGAAAAAAAAAUGUAAGCAGAUUAUUUGCACUCUGACGUCAUGCAUAUAAUAUUUCAUUCACCCAUGGCUGCUCAGUAAAUAUAUUGAAAACACACAAAACUAAUUAGCUUUUAUUCCUGAUUUUUGAAGCCUUGGUAGAAAAAUUCAUCUAAUAAAUAAGUAAAUUAUAAAGCCAAAUCAUCAGUCCUGACGGCACCACUAAAUACACAAAGACAUGUCAGCACCGAAGAGAAAUGCACUUGCAGGUGCUCAGAUCAGAUGAAACAAGCAUAAACUUGGCUGAUCUGCUCUAUCAGGAUGUGGUAUAGAUGUUUUGUUUCGUUGGCUAUAAUGAUUGUGUCAACACAGUGUAUCAUCAAGAACCAGAGUGUGAUUUAGAUGUUCUUGAACCCUGAACAAUAUUUCCCAAUAACUUCAAACCUCUCUAUUUCCACAUGCCUGUUUUUUUUGUUUUUGUUUGUUUGUUUUUAUUUUAAACUGCAGGGACAAAGAAAGUAAUGAAAUUUUUUGCAUGUUGCUUGUGAAGUAGUUGAUGCUAAGUUGAAUCUUUUAAGAGCUGGUAAACCUGCACUAUUAGGUGUUUCAGAAUCUGUGAUCAACUCAAGAUAUUGAACCAUGAAAAGCAUUUUCAGUCUGUCUCUGUGAUUCUACAAAUGAAAUCAGACCUCCAGGACUUAAAUGAACUUCUUUUCUCAUCUCCACCAGCUCCAACCCAGCCAGACCACUCCUCAAAGAUGAAUCCUGUCAUAGCUGGUGUCGUCUCACUGGCCAAUGGCUCUGCCACUCAGCCCAGCAUGACAGCAGAUACCGCUCUAACCGGUUAGUUUAAACACAAAGCUUUGUGUGACAAUUCAUACAUCUCUAACCUGUUGAGCCUGGUCCAAGUUAACAGACACGGACAAAUGAUGUUCCUGAUGUUCCACUGUUUGCUGUUCUUCACAUCUACUCCUGUUCCUCUCAACUUAGAGUAAAAAGUGGCAAACUUUUAAACAAUUUUUUUAUCAGUGUUUAUUGGGAAAUGUCAAUUAUAUGCCAAAAUAAUGUAGGGGCCCUCAUUCCAUACAGUUUACUGCACUUAAAUGCAGUGUGUAACACUUUUAUUAUUUUUUUGUAGGAGCUCUUCCAACCUCCAAUGUUGACGGCAAGAACCAAGACCAUGUAUGUAUUCUGUCUGUGUUUCUGUUAAAUCUUGAUCAGGCCUUACAUACAACUGUAGACUUCUACAAGAAAUGGUGAAAAUGAUUUGGAAGAGUACCAAAAGUGUUACCAACGGUGACUGUUUUUGAUAUUUGACCUCAGAUUUUUCAGAGACCAAUACAUAAGUUAACCAUCAACAGUAAAUCUCAUUUAGUAUUUUUGUUGUUUUGUUCGGUAUAUCUAUGUCCAGGCCAGUACUCAGACUGAUGCCAUGCGAGUGCCAGCGUCCCGUCGGCGUCAAAUGAAGAACAAGUCAGUUCUGUGUCGACCCUUCACUGUGGAUCAAGAGAGCAUGUGCCAGUUGCAGACUUCAUCUUCAGAUUCAUCAGGUAACUAGCUCAAGUUUAAAAAAUUCACUGUUUAAUGCCUGACUCACUCAGGAUACUGAAUAACUGCAGUUCAGGAUUAAGGAGCACAAGUUGUUUUUACACCUCAGCACAGCCUAUUGACAGUGAAAUGCAUUAUAGGAUGUUGCUGUACCAUGAAGUGUACUCAGAUGUCUGUAAAGACAUCUAAAGUAAAAAUGCUUCAUUAGCAUAAUAAUGGCCAUUGCAUAUAAUUUUCUGUUCUAGCCACCAUGACUGUUUGUGUGACACAUUUGCUCCCUUUAUACAUGUGCAGUUUAAUGGUGCGAGGAAAUUUCUACAAAACAUGUCCUCAUGUUUACUGAUUAAACCAAACAGCUGGUGGUAGAGUUCACUUUUGCUGCAUUUCCACAAAGUGGUCCGGUUUGGUUUGGUUCUGCAUGGUAUGCAAUUAUUAGGGUUUCCCCCCUAAAAAAUUAGUAAAGGUACCAGGAUAGCUGAUGUACACAGCGUGACCUUUUUGGUAUCCUUCUGUUGGGACAUGAAGUCUUCCUAUCUGGACCUAAAAGGUGGAGCCAGAUACACAGUCUGUUCAUAAGAGUGAGGGGGAGAUCAUACGCAAACAUCAGCUGAGCAGUAAAAGGGGCACAGAGGUGAAUGCAAAGCAAGAGGGAAGUAAAUAAUUCAUAUAACCGAAUGUUAUGUAAUGAUUAACAUAGUUUACCUGCAGUCAAAAUGAUAAAUAUUUUUUUUCCCCAUGAGCUAAAAAGAAUGCUAUUCUAGUCACUACCAAAUCUGUCCUGGACAAUACUUCAGAAUAACAGCACUGUAACACAGAGUGGGCUUUAACUUUAAGAGGCAAUCCAGAAAUACGACCACAUUUUCCAUGCUUCUGGCGUAAACAUGGUCAGAUUCAGUCCUCAGUUGAUCAUUUUGCUGUGUAAUGUAGCCAAGAUCUACAUACAUCAGGGAGGCUAUCAUUCAGUCCAAACAGUCUAACCUGUUGACAUGGAUGCCAAAAUGAAAAUCAAGGUGUUUCAGAGCCAUCAUGGAGCCCUGCCACACUUCCUGGAUGCAGGGUCUAAUCGGCAAGUUAAGGGUUCCCUGAACCAAAUGAUACCAAACUGUACUGAACCAAACCGGACUGCAUAUUUAAAAGUUGUUGUCUAUAAUAUAGUCUUAUAAAGCAAAUAAAAAAAAGGAGGAUGAACUGUCUUCAAAGUUUUUAGAGUUUAAGUAAAAACCUCUCAAGGUGGACAGUGACAAGAUCCUCCUAACAUUCUGGGAAUCUCAAAUAUCAGACCCUCCUACAAAGGGAUGGGUUCCUGCAGGAAGUCUUUGAAAGGUAGUCUCUUCUUUUUCUGUCGAGGCUGAUUGGUUUAAGUUUUAUAUCAGACUUCGGUUGUAAUUUAAGCAACGACUAGUUAAGUUGCAUUUCCAGAAAGUGUCUUCUUCGAGCAGUUGACCUUAUGUAGUUUGUUUUUGCAACAGCUCUUCUUACUGUCUGCAUAAUUGAUCAAUGUUUUUGGUUCAGUCAAUCAUUCAUUGUUCACAAUCAGCUGUUUCAAUAAUCACACCAGCUGUGCGGGACAGCUCCUCGCAAACCGACCACCCUGACACUCCCACAUCUCCAGCAUCAUCACCAAAACCUCAGGGAGAAACUCAGCCAUGUAACGGCCUGCCAGCCCGCCUCACCGGACGCCAUUUUCUGGGCAAGAGAGAGACUGACUCGGACUGCAAGGUCUGCGCACAGCUUAAGAGGAAGAGAGAGGAGGAAGAACUGCAGGAGAGGAAGAAACAGAAGACUGAAGAGGAUGAGGAUCCAGAGGGGAAAACAGGAGAAGUAGCAGAGGAGGUGAAGGGAGGACGCUCGCAUGGUGACAGUGAUGUGGAGAGAAAACAGGAAGGCCACUGUGAAAUGAAGAGUUGCGAGCAUAAAAGUGAAAAAUUGAGGGGACAGACAUCAUAUUACUGUAAGACAUGUUCAGGAGAACCCAGCCUCUGUCCUGUUCCAUGUUUUGAGCUCUUUCACACCAGACUGAUCUACAAAACAGUUCCUGAACUGGACAUUUAAGGUGAGCCCUCUGAAUAAAGAAAUAAGAUGCAUGAUUUAUACCAAAUACCUUAAUUACAGCAUUUUAUACAAACCCAGAUCCCCAUGAAGUUUGGAUGUUGUUUAAAACAUAAAUAAACAUGGAAUACAAUGAUUUGCAAAUCCUCUUCUGUCUAUAUUCAAUUGAAUACUCUACAAAGACAAAAUAUUAAAUGUUCAAACUGAUAAACUUCAUAAUUUUUUGUAUAUAUUCACUCACUUUGAAUUUGUUCUAAAACAGUGGAGACAGGAACACCAACAGACUGGAAUCUGGGUUUGUAGUGAAAAGAAAAAGUCAAGUUUUUGCCACAGCUGUAUCUUCUAUCCAAACUCCAUGUGUUUUUUUAGAGUAGUAACAGUGAUUUACUUAAACGAUUCACUGACAAUUACUUGCUUUUUCAAUUUAAUUCUACUGACUUGUGAGGGUCGAGUUUGUCACCCCGAGUUUUUCUCUCCACAGUUUCCUGACCUGCUGAAAUCCUGCUAUGAUCCCGGACAAAGACUUUACAUCUUCAGUGCCAGUUUUCAGACCUACAUGACUGCAGUGACCCUUAAAUUCCUAAUGGGUGGUCGUCUGUUUUACUUGAAUUUAAAGUUUGACUCGCAGCAAAAGCAGGACAGCCCUUAGUUUACAGCUGGUACCUAGACGCGCCGCUGCAAGAGGGGCAGUGUUGCAACGAUAUACAGAAAGUAUUUAAGACUGGGACUUUCUAAGAACAGGAUAUUUCAUCUUAAAGGACCCGGUUUUGCUGGAUUGAACAGUUUAUAUUUACAGUGAAGGAGUUUUUCUUUCACCAAGGAGACCACAUAUAGUGCCAAUGCUUUAUUUUAGACCCAAACAUGAUCAACAAAGUAACACUGUGAAUCUUAAGGAGGGAGUAAAAUAUUCAUACAUUUCACCUCCAAGAAAAAUCAGAACAAACCCUCAUAAAGAGUUACCCUGACAUGAUGCAGUCUAUAAUGUUGUACCUACAACAACACAUCUGCAGAUUUUGUGAUUGGUUUGAACUGGACUCAUAAAAUUCUUAACCAUCAUAACAGAAGUUACAAGUAGUUUUUAUCAAGCACAAUAUUUCCUCCAAGUUUAAAAGUUUAGGCUAUUAUUAAGAAAUCUGCAGUUUUGACCCAUUAAAGGGGAAUUUGUAUUGCAAGGGGGUAAUACCAUGAGUGAUCUGUUACACAUGGGGGAGAUACUUCAAGUGGCUCACUGACCUGCACAUGUACCGUAAUAUGUUCAGAAAAUACCUCACUAAUAGGUCUGUCUGUAUAGUAAUAUUUCAUUCGAGCUGAUUCACAGUGUAUAUCUCAGCUGUCUUCAAAAGUUUGGGUCUUUUGUUAUAUUCUGUUUGUAAUUACCUUUAUGUGUCUUUGCCAAAUCCUGUCUUCUUGUUUUUUUAUACUCGGUGAGUGACACACUAAAGUGCUAAAACUACUUGACGACUUUCAGGGGUACCACCUGAGAUUUUGGGCCCUGUAAAGAAGAUCACAUUUUGCCCCACCUUUUCACCCCCCAAGGAAUUUGACAUCACUUUUAAAGCCUCUAUUAGUCAUGGGCUGUUUGAGUCAUCCUAACUUUUCUCGUCCACACAGCAUUUCUGAUCACUUUAUAUAACAAACCUUUGAUCGUUUGCAUUGACAGCAUCUGCUGUAAAGUGUGUGAGCUGAUCUUUGUGAAUGAGGUCAGUUGCUCUUGCAGAUGCAGCCAAUAGAAAAGCAUAUUUCAAGGGUUUCUUGUGAAGUGGUGAAGUCAAGACUAGGGUCGUCUACCUCAAACUGAUAUGUGGAGUUUUUGAAAUGGUUUACAAACUUAUGACAUGCACAACGAUUACAACAUUCAUACAAGAAUCCAACUCAAAAAAAAUGUUUGUUCCAGGCAACUAUGAUGCCACAUAUGCUCUCGGCUUUAAAUUAAAAAGAAGGUAGGUGUUGAAAUGUUAAGUUAUACUUUUUGUUUUUUGAACUUGCUACAAAAUAGUGGCAGAUUACACAGGCUUUUCAUGCUAGUGUAGAAAAAUAAUUUUCUUAGGAUGUCAUAGUAGGUUAAAUUCUUCCCUCAGAGAUCUAUCCUGACCUAACAUCAGACUUACAUGGUGAAUGGUAUAUAUCAUUUACCUCUGCAUGGGUCCAGAUGAUGGCUCAGUUCUUGCAAAUGUUUCCUCUAAAAGAGCAGUCAGACCAGAAUGUUGGUCUAGAUUGGAGGUCUUUUGGUCAGGUUAGGUUUGGCACUGCCAUACUGGCAUACUGGCAUGUCAUAUAAAGAAAAGAUAAGUUUAUCAUUCCCAGAAAACAAUCCUUGUGUUUCCAGCCAGCUGUUCUUUUACCUUGAGCUGCGCUGUCAGGAUUAAAUCUACAGUCACCUGAGUAUUUCAGUCAUGUGAUUUAAGACCACAGUAUUUAGCUAAAUGCUCAGUUGUUAAUUGACCGGUACUACAUGUACUACAAGUUUUGUUAUGGAUGUGUGAUGUGUAAUAUUAAGAGUUGAAUUCCUCUCUCACUACUGAAGGAGUUGACAUCUACCUGCUGUUGCAUCUCUGAUGUUUUGUUUACCUGGUGUCAAAGAGUUAAAUACUAUCCACUCCAUUGGCAUGUUUUUGUUUGUCUGUUCUUUAUGAUUAUGCCGACAUGGAUCAAGUUUGAAGUUAUUUCUCAUUGUUAAUGUGUUUUGUUUCAAAUGACUGUCACCUGUAAAAUGGAAGUUUUGUUUUCUCCAAUGCAAAAAAAGUCAAUAAAUACUAUACAAGAGCAAUUUUUUCCUUGUAUUUGUGUUUAUUUCGUUUCUCUGCUCUGCCCUACACACCACUGGCCCAAGCCUGACAAUGAAUAAGCACAGUUGGAGUUAAAUAAUAUUAAAAAUGAACACAGGCUGUUACUGUAUGAAGAUCACAUCAGCUGACAAUCCUAAAAAAGACAAGGAGACCAGUGGGAGGGUCCUCUAUAUAUACUACCUAGUGUACCCUGUAUCUUUCCCAUUAGUAGGAAACACUAAUGGUGUCUAAACUAAGAGAGCACAUCAAGGCUGUGACUGCCUAAACUUGCAUGCUGUGAACAAAGUGUUCUCAGGAAUAUAAAGCUCUGUUUCCUGCUCAGGAAUUUGGAGUGACAUAGAGACUGACACUGAAAAGUGAGAUUGUGACGGAACAAGGUGUCAAAAAUCAAAGGAAGAGCACUCUUCUCAUAACAUGAACUCCCUUCAGGGGCAUGCACAACACCAUCACGGAAAAAAAAUGAAAUAAGAUUCAGCACACUUGAAUGUAGCUAAAUGUUUUCUAUUUAAAUCAGGGCACAGAGAAGAACAGCCUCAAAUCAUGGGACACCUGCUCAACCAGCUGAGCAAAACCUGCACCACAAGUUUCUUUAACCUUUUUAUUUUUCAGUCAAGCUCAGCGCUUUAAAACCCAGUGUUUCUUAAAGCUUAGUGCUCAGGGGGAAACGUCUCUCAUUUACCAUUACCUGGGAUCAACCACCUUAGCGAAGUAAAGGGAGUUGCAUUGUUUCUACCACAAAAAAACUCCUCAGAAUUACAGCUUCAAAUGUAUCAAUGGACCUCUCCUGACUUUAAAAAUGUCUGAGUGUAAAUAGAUACUAUAUAGACUACAGUAUGUCUGAGGAGUGCCUCUACAUUUGUCUAUACUUAAAACUGUCUAUACCUAAAGUUUUUGUAAGUUUUAUUUGAACAAAAGCACUGGUGUACUUAUUCGAAUUACACUUGGAAAAAAAACAAACAAAUCUUGACAGUACAUGCAAGUAUUUACCCAAAAUGUGUAAACUCAAAUAUCUUAUUUAAUUAUAAAUAUCUAUAGUGUUUUGAUUUCCAGGUCUAAGGUUGUGUGCAUCCCAAACAAAUAAUGCUUUGAGUGCAGAUUUCUUUAGACACAUUCAUUUACACCUUCAUAUUUAAAGGCUCUUUUUGAAAUAUUUUUGCUUCACAAAACGGUAAUACCCAAGUAAACGAAAGGAGAAAGAGUAGAGAGCAAUUCAUAACCUAAAAGAUAUUUGAGAGGGCUGAUUGGUUCUGCAGUUGUAACUGUUAUACAGUAAGUGAGAGAUGUCCAGAGAACAUAAUUGAUACGGGGCCUCUCCUUGUAUUUUUAAUAUAUGCUCUCUUUAUAGUAGACUUUUUCUUUUCAAAAACUGUACUUUUCUUUCAUUUUUUAGCAGUAUUAAUUCACCAUGAAGUGACGUUAGUGCCUGAGCGACAGCCGUUUGCUUAGUGUGUAGAUGAUCAAAAUAACCUGAGAAAAGGGUUAUUUCAGUGUGCCCUCACAUUUGAUGUUUAAAGAGAUACAAUAAAUGAUUGUAGCAUAGUGAUUAUGUGGGUUGACAUCGAGCCUAAAACAAGAGCCUUUAAAAGAUCACUUUUGCCGGUCUAAUUUUUUGUUUUGUCUUGAUAAAAAAAAUCUUGAAAGUCAGUGAAGUGUUUUUAAAUGCCUGUUCUCUAACUUUCUAAACAUUUGUAUUUCUGCAUUCCUCUAAAAUCCAUAAAUAGCUCUUAAUUCUUUUUUGAUUUCCUUUUUACAACUUUUUUUUCAUUCAGUCCAAGUCUUUUUACGCUGUGUCUUUGAGAUAAAAAGAUAUGUAUUGAUCUAAUCUAUCUUUUUUAUGAUUUUAGCAGCACACAGAUUUGAUUUAUCUUCUUGACUAUCUCCUUUAUAUCUCCUUAAUAUCCCUUCUUCACUUCUCCCCUGCACCAGAUCUGCCUCAGCCCCCUGUCACCUCCUCAGGAGAAGAGGAGAAAGUGAAGGUUAUAAUGGUGCCAGUUCCAGUACCAGUCUUCAUCCCAGUGCCUAUGAACAUGUACUCCCAGCACACACCUGUCCCUAUGCCUAUGCCAAUGCCUGUAUGUACCAUCUCACACAUUCAGAAUUAUCAGUGGACUUUGCAGAGGAUCAGCAGCAGAAAGUACAGUAUUUAUUUUCUGUUCCUUCUCAUUGUGCAGAUUCCAGUGCCCCUGGUGGUACCUCAAAACAAAGAAAUGAAGGAUGCAGCCGUCCAGUUUGAGGCUGUGGCUGUAGAAAAACAGAAAGACUCGCCUUUCUUGAGUGGAGGUAAGAGCUUAUAAAGCACAUUUGUCAAUUUUCUGUCAUAAAGGUUGUCUCAAUAAUUUUUUCCUACAUUAAUCAUUAAAAGUAUGUCAAAUUUUACAUCACCUGAUCUUAUUCUACAGACCAGAGCAAUGCACCCACUGAAGAUACAAAGUCAGAGGUGAUCCCCUCCGUUCCCUGUGGUGAUGAGGAAAUUCAAGAACCAGUAAAAGCUGAGCUCCCAGUAAGUGUUAGUCCAGAUAAGAGCACAGAGUCUGCUGAGCCUGAGCCCACUACCCAACCAGAAGAGAGUGCAGCAACUACGAAUGAGGCACCUACAACUAGCACUGAGCUUCAGCCUCCCUCCUCCCCUAUGAUGGACCUGGAGAGUGACUUCCCAUCUGGUGAGAUACUAUAUCAUUAAAGAAGUAUAGAAAAAUACAUCAGCAAAUAAUCUGCCAAAGUGUGUCAUAUUUUGGAUAUUCAGCAGCCAAAAUCUAAACACUUUUCCUACGGAUAAUUAAUGAGAGCUAAACUUAAAAAAUGUGAUUUAUUGUUCAUUUAGAAUGUCCUCACUUUUGCAGAACCGCCCGAUCAGAAGAAAUCUGUUCAACAGAGAGGAGUGAAAAGACCAAGGGAGGUUUUUUCAGGACGGAAACGGGUAAGAAUCCCCUGAUAGAUCUGUAGUUUUUUCACAAACCAAAAUUCUGUCUAUUCAGUUUAAACAUCCCAUACAGUGAAAAGUAUAUUAUUCCCAGCCUUGCACCCUGAGAAUGUGGGAGUGAAUAAGCCCGUGUCGUUUCUUCAGCCUCUUUAAGCCCAUUUAAAUUUGCUGCUCCUGAGGAGGAGUUACGAUCUGAGUGAUUUGGGUUAGGCAAAUUUGCAUAGGCUUGCAUGCAAAUAGAAUCUCGCUCACUUCCGCCUCUCAUGCUGUCCAGCUUCCUCCUUUGCUAUUGUGGUUUGGCUCUGGUUUUGCAGAACCAAAAAGUCAAAGGUUAGAGCCAGACAGGGUGACUGCUGUCUUGGUGGUUGCAAAAAUCAACAUAAAUGUCUCUGAUCUGUCUCAGCACUGACAAAGCCCCCCCCAAAAAAACACAAAAAAAAACAAUGUUCUAUUGUAGCUGUGGUUGGUGCUUAUUUCUUUGUUUAUGCCAACCAUUUAAAUUCAGACUGCUUUAAUAAUAGGAGUCAGUACAAAGCUGCUCCAACACCAACAAUAGACACAGGACCUUUUUCAAUAGGUGAUAAACCAACAUGGUUGUUGUGUCAUCUCCUUAUGUCUUCACUUUGUGAUAAUAUCGAGUAAAUUUCUAGACAUUCGGUUUGGUUUUGGUGUUUUCAUGCAGGCUGCUCUGUAAAUCUGGACCAUGUGGGGAAUUUAGGGGCCUAGAAAUCUGUGGGGGAAGCUAUGAUUCCAGAAACCCUGUCCAUGAGUGUUAGGAUGUUCUAUAACUUUUAAGCCAUAAAUACAAUCAAAAAGAUUUCAAUCCGUGUGUUUCUGUCCAUUUCUGCCCAUCCAGGGUCGAAGGCGAACUGCUCCAUUAGACCGCAGUGUACUGGUUGCUCCAGCCACCUCAAAACUGAACCAUGUGUACGGUGUUAAAGCGUGGAGGAGCUGGGUUCAACAGAGGAACAAAGAAGAGUGUGAGUUUCAGUUCUCUUUUUCUCAUGACUUUUUAUCUCAAUUUCUCUGAUGUCCUUUGACACCAUGACUCGUUCACUUGCGUCUUUAUUUACCCCACACUCUCCUCCUUAUAGCCAAUCUGGUGGAUAUCAAAGAAGACAUCAUUCAGUGUGACUCUGCUGAGCUGAGCUUUGCACUGUCUCGCUUCAUCAAAGAAGUGAGACGGCCAAACGGAGAGACAUACAGUCCGGACAGUAUCUUCUACCUCUGUCUUGGGAUACAGCAGGUGCACACACAAAUAAACACACACAGACACAAUUUAUCACCAGUUACCAUGUAGUGACUUUUUAUUCACUUCUUUUUUUUUUUAUCUUCCUCUUUUUGGACAGUAUCUGUUCAUGAAGGGACGCAUAGAGAACAUCUUCACCGACGAGCUGUACAGUCAGUUUGCCACAGAGAUCAGUGCGAUGCUGAAACUCUGGAAACCCAAACUCCUACCUAAAGGUACGAUCAUUGAUUAAAGUCAUAACCCUGAGCCCUCUCUUAUGAAAUCACAAUCACUUUUUUUAUCAUUUUUAAUGAAGAACCUUCUUUCUUUGUUAUAGCCUUUUAAGGUAUUUUGAAGUUACUGACACUCUGCGAGUCUUCUUUACUGCAGUAGCUGAGUCGCUGUAUAAAUUGUUGCUUUGGUUUUAUCGACUCCACUUUGUUGUUUUUUGUUGAGUACUGAUCUUAUCUGUGUUUAGAAAUAGUAGUUAGUUUUUUAUUCUACCAGGAGACUCAGAUUAGCCAACUUGAGGUCACUAAACGGCACACAGACAGUCCACAACUCGCUAACACGGCAUGCAGCAGCCAAAGAGCUCAGUAACAUCAUUCAGCUGCCUUUUCGUUUCCUUUCUUUAAAGGUGGUAUUUUCCCCUCCCGCGUCGCUGAGUCCUACCUGUGGGAGUGUAAGCAGCUGGGUGCAUACUCACCUAUAGUGCUGCUCAACACGCUGCUCUUCUUCUGUACCAAGACCUUCCGCUUCAACUCGCUGUCGCAGCACCAAAGCCUCUCCUUCACCAACUUCACUCGAUCCUCAAAACCCUGCAGCCGAGCCGGCAAAGUCCACUUCCUCAGACACCAGAGGAGUAAUCGGGAGGAAACAGGCAAGUCUGGGAAACCUAUACAUUUAUAAUAUCAAUACUAAAGUACUGACUUUAAAAAAUAAAGACAAGUUUAUUGUGAAAAUUAUUCAGGCAAAGGAAAUCAGACAAAUACCGAUUUUUUUACCGAUCACUUCUUAGUGUGUUUGGGAAAAAGAAAUCUAAGUUUAUGUUGUUUUUUUUGUUGUUGUUUUUUUUUUUUUAGAGCGAUUGAGAAAAAAGCAGGUGGAAGUUGAGGCAGACCUGGAAAUGCUUGAAAAUGCCUCCAACCCUCUGCGCUGUCCUGUCAGACUCUACGAAUUCUACCUCUCUAGAUGGUGAGAUGGACACACACACAUAUGCAUUCAGUAUUGCCAUUAAAAAUAACAUCCAAACAUGCUUAAUGAUAUGCAAACUCUCUUUACUCGUCUUCAGCCCAGAGUCGGUGAAGAAGAGAUCUGACGCGUUUUACCUCCAGCCUGAACAGAAUGUGCACACAAGAAGGUCAGAGUCAAAGACACCUUUUGAGGUUUCUGAGGUUAUCUACAGUACUGAGACUUUCUCAAUCCAGUGCUAGCAUUGAACUUAUCCCAAGCCACGAUUUCAGUCAAUACUCUGUGGUAAUAGUGAUGAAUUCUAAACAGCCAACUAUUGCUAGGAACAGUAGCAAUCCCAUCCUAUGUAAAAUAAAAAAAUCAACUGUUGACACUGUGGCAAAAAUGUUUGUGAAUUUACUGAUUUGUCUUUCAUGUCCACUUGGUUAUUUCCUUUGCUGGUUGCUGGGACAUAAGCUACAUGAUGUAUUGUGAGUGUUUGGAUACAGCUGAUAGGAACACCAACGGGGUGAGCAGGACCCCAAUGUAACAACGAGGACCUUUUCUAUCAUCAGACAUAAUGAAAAGCUUCGUUGUUACCUUGAUAGCAAAAUACAUUCCUGCAGUCGCUAACAGUAAUGUAAGCUAGGACCCACAGUAUUUUAACGGUAGCUCAUCAGUGAACAAAUAUGUUGCUUUACCUUAAAAUGUGAAUGGAAUAGAAUAGAAAAGUCCUUUACUGUAAUUGUAUCAAGUACAACGAAAUUUAAAAGUGCCAGACGUUCAGUGCUUAAAAAAAAACAAAAAACACUACAGUAAUAAAUACUACAAUAAUAAAACACACACAGUAAUAAAUACUACAGUAAUAAAACACACACAGUAAUAAAUACUACAGUAAUAAAACACACACGCACAUCUACCAUACAUUCCGUCAAUUGGUAGCGUACAAUCCCACUACAUGUAUACAUUGUGCUGCGGGUUAUUCAUAAGGCAUUGAGGGUAGUUAGUGCUGUUGGAUAAAAACUGUCUUUGUGUCUGUUUGUUCUGGAUUUGAUUGUUCUGUAACGUCUGCCAGACAGCAGCAGUUCAAACAGGGAGUGCCCGGGAUGGAAAGUGUCUCUGACAAUGCUCUGAGCCUUCUUAACACAGCGAGCACUGUGAAGGUCGUCCAGUGAAGGAAGGGGGCAGCCGACUAUCCUCUGGGCUGCGUUAAUGGCCCGUUGGAAGGCCUUUUUCUGUACUACUGUCACUGUGCAGCUGCUAAACCACAGACAUAGACAGUAUCUAAGGAUGGAUUCUAUGGAGCAUCUGUAGAAGGACAGUAGCAGUCUCUGUGUGAUGCAGUUUUUCCUGAGGACCCUCAGGAAGUGAGUCUUUUUAAGCACCUUCGCACUUUUACAGUCCAGGUCAGGCCCUCCUCAAUGUGAACACCCACGUUCCACGCUGAUAAUGAGUGGUGGAAUGUCAGUCUUUUUUCGCCAAUAGUCAAUCACCAGCUCCUUGAUUUUUGCUAUAUUGAGCAGAAGGUUAUUCUCCCUACACCACACUGCCAGAUGUUCAACGUGGAUGUGUGAUGCCCACUCUUACCCUCUGGGUGCGACAGGUGAGAAAGCUGUAGAUCCACAUGCAGGUGGGGUGUGGAAUGCCUAGAUUGACCAGUUGGUUAAUCAGUUUGUGAGGAAGUAUGGUGUUGAAAGCAGAGCUUUAGUCCGCAAAGAGCAUCCGUACGUAGCUCCCCUGCUGCUCUAGGGGGGUCAGUGCAGCAUGGAGGGCUGUGGCCAUGGCUAUUUGCCCUGUAUGCAAACUGAUGUGGAUCCAGGCUUUUUGGCAAGUAUGAUGUGAUGUGACCUCAGACCAGCUUUUCAAAGGAUUUCAUCACCACCAGGGUGAGAGCGACUGGUCGGUAGUCAUUGAGGCCUGAAAUGUGAGGUUUUUUGAGCUCGGUGGACUCGGACAGGGACUGGUUAAAAGUCCUUUGACACACGCCCAGACACUCCAUCGGGCCCAGCAGCCUUCCUAGGCACGAAGGACACGCCUCACCUCAUGUUCUGUGUGGGUGAAGUUGCCCUGUGCUGUGGGGUGUAGUGUGGCUGCCUUGGGUGGCACCACCUCAAAACGGGCAAAGAAAGUGUUCAGCUCCUCUGCCAGUGAGGCCUCACCCUCAGCAGCUCCCAAGGUGGGCCUGAAGUUGAUGAGCUGCUGAACUCCUUGCCACACCUGCCUGCUGUUGUUAUUUCCCAGGUGUGCCUUAAUCUUCUGCCUUGGCCCCUUUGAUGCCUCUCCUUAGGUCAGCCCGCACUGCAGAGUAGAGGGCCUGGUCACCAGACCUGAAGGUGAUGUUCCUCUCUCUCAGCAGCUGCUGGACCUCCCGAGUUAUCCAGGGCUUCCGGUUGGGGUAGACCCAGAUCCGUUUUUCCACAGUAACAGUGCCUAUGCAGUGUUGUAUAUAACACAGUGCACUGUCUGUAAACAUCUCCAGGUCUUCAUGAAAAAACACAUCCCAGUUGGUUGUGUGGCCUUAUUUCUUAGUGUGUUCUUAUGUUAAAGUUAUUAAACCAGUUUUCACUCAUGUAGUCUUGUUUGAACUUCAAAGACUGAGUCUGACAACAAAGGAAAAUGGUGAACAUAAUUUAGACUCUAACCCUCUGUGCCAACAUGCAUGUUGUCUUGUAACUGUAAUGUAUCCAUGUUUUAUUAACUUUUCAAUUUCUGCUCUCAACAGUCCCUACUGGUACACCGCUCAACCACUAGAGGCUACCACCCUGCAGAGCAUGCUGACACGCAUCCUGGCUGUCAGAGAGGUGCACCAGGAGCAGGGGGAUGUCAGUUUACAGUGAUAUGGAGCUCCGUCCAUCACACCCAGCUUCUGAUCUUUAUCUGCAGAACAAACCUCUUCUGAUGCUGAAUGCUUCACAGUGAAUCAAAGCUGAACAUUCACCCAUCAGUCUCUCAGAGGCUGUCAGGUCUUUGAAAUGAGGAGAUGGAGAGAAAAAAAAUAUAUACAGAGUAAUGGAAGGACUUUGAAAAGAGAAUCUUUGAAGAGUGGAUUUUUUUGGUUACCUCAGUUGCCAAUCCCUGCCAUGAUAAUUAAUAACCUUACAAAAUUUGAUCACUCUAAAGCAUAGAAAGUGUUUGAGAGUGUGUUUUUAACUCCAUGGUUUAUGUCCCACCUGCCUGAUAUUUAUCCAUCUCACAUGGCAGAAUUAUUUUGAACUGUAAUAGCCAUGCCCAGCCUGGCAGAUGAGUUUUAUUAUUUUGUGGGUGAUGGAUUGUAUGUAUGACCAGUCGGUGAUGCUGUUUUAAAGUCACCACUGGUUGUCAAGGAUUUCCUCCAUUAGUUAUCUAGUGCUUCUAACUUGAACACUUACAUUUUCAGCAGGUUUUAGAAUUGGACAGUGUGGCAUUUAGCUGCACAAAUGUAAAUGCCUCACCAAAAUGAAGUUGAUAGUCCCAGUGAAGAACUUCUUUCAGUGUUAUUCUGAGUAAUUGAACAUAAAAUAAGCAGUUUCACUAACUGCAUCACAUUUAUGACUUUGUCUGGUUGCUGCUGGGCCUUUUGUCAAAUAUGUGAUUCAAAUGUCAAACCAGUUUACAUUAUACCUGUGUGACCCAUCUUGUCAUUACAGAGGAGACUUGCAGUGCCUCUGUUCUUUUAUUGUGAAGUUUCUUGAUUUAAUAUGUUUCCAUUUUAUUUUACCAUCUAUGUGGCCUUAUUUUCUCAAAAUAAUCAACUCAUUUACAUACCCACAUGAUAAAGACAGCCUAGCUUCUGUUUAAGUACAGUGGAACCUGGACCUGCUACCUGUACACUGUCCAAGUAUAUUAAUCUGUAUCUUUGUUUUUAUUAUGGUGCCAUUAUCCUCUACCUUGAGGCAUUAAGUUUUUCUGGGACAUUACGUUUUAAAAUGUUUUUUCCCCUCCUCCUAUAAGCGUGUAUUCAGUUUAGUAUGAUAUAUUUGUGGUGGUCAUUCAGACAGUCAAAGACCAGUAUUAUGACAGCGGGCCUACGAUAUCUACUGCUGUGUCCAUGGUAGUCAUGAUUUUUGGUUGAAAUAGCUCUGUGGUAUGAAAUGUAUAAAAAUGUGUCGAGGUUAGUGUGAGACAUAAAAUGGCUAAAAUUUGUCUUAACAUUGAUUCUAAAUCCAAAAUUUUAAGCACAGUAACAAUGUGGUGGAAAAAGUUCACAGUCAGUAGAAGUGCUGUGAAUCAAAGUCUUACUCUGCUUCCAUUUGAAGAACUUAAUCUCUUAAUUUACCAAAAUGCAAAAUCUAAACUAAAAAAUCUUCUUCCUACUGUCCUCUCAAUAAUAUUAUUCUGUAGACAAAGAUGAAUAAGAGACUGAACUCUAAAUUGGCCUAAAGACAGUCGCAGGGACCUCACACUGAAACCCACACUGUGAUCAGUGCUUGUCUCAAAGAUGUUAAAAAGAUUACACAGACAUGUCUGAAAAUGUAUAUUGUUAUUUUUCCUUAUUGUUCUUUAGUUAUUGAUAACUGCCAUUUAGCAAUCUUUUUUGUCUUUUUUUUAUAUAUCAUAAAAUUUACUUCUGGGGGGUUAAUAAGGGUGAAGGUGGUUGAAGCGGAAACUUUCACAUGUUUUGAGGGUUUAAAAAUAUAUAUUGCAUUUAUAAUAUGUAAAUUGGUUAAAGACUUCACUACCCAGAACACCUUGUGGGUCAGUCAGGGAAUGGGUGUUUUUUUUUGUUUAAAUAUCUUUAUUGCUGUUGCUGUUGGUGUGUAUAUUUUCUUUUUUUUUCUGCUACUAUUGUGUUCAGGCACAGAGGUCAACAUGCUUUUUUUCUAUUAUCUCAUCUUAAUUUUUUAUAUGAAAUUUAGUAAUAAGCGCACAGAUCCCCCCUCAGCCUGGUCCAAAGCUAAUAAACCUCUUGAGCAGUUAAUGCUUACAUUAAGCAUUUAUGUUGUGGACUGGUGAGAUUUGAGCAUUAUCCAUUAAUGCAGGUUUUUAGAAAGUAACAUACUGUAAUACUGUCACCACUGCUGGUACAAAUGAAAUAUUACUGUCUGAAUAUUAUCACUCCAGUUUUCAAUAUAACACCACAAGGCACCAUGUUCUGUUGACAUGCCCAAAAUGCUGUUUAGUCAGAUAGUAUUUCAAAUUCAAUAGUCUCUUUUCAUUUUAAAUGUGAGGCACAGCAUCAGAGAAAUGAUAUCUAAUGUGGGGAGUGUAACAACUUUGUGCAGUUAUGAAACAUGAAAUCAUAAACUGUGUCAAUAUUU